CCUCUGGCAGACGGACAUAUGCGCACGGUGCCACAGAAAAACCACCCCUAUCCACAUGGGCUGAUCUGUCUCACUUUAUAAUCUGUACUAUUAUUCUCUGCAGGCUCUCACCGUAGACCGACAGUAGAGGAAAACUCCGAUGGAAAACCAUGCAGCACUUUGAACCCAUGGAGACAUGGCGCAAAGACUCCUCACAUCUGCAAAUAGAGUCAGCGCUAGAUUCGCCUUCAUAUUUACUUUGUCCCUAUCCUGUGCGUAUCUAUGCUAUAAUAUCAUUUUUUAUCGCGGCACACUCAUGACAAGCCAGGGUUACGAAGGGAAGCGCUGCCCGCCGAGCAAAAACGCUGGAGGGAAGAAACUUCUUGGGAAACUGGACAAUUGUGCUUCCCUGGAUGUCAGGUCGGCUUUUCAGCAGCGAGGAUCGAGUGAUCCCAGGGAUCAGAGUAAAACCUCGUCUUCGCCUCGCGCUGAGGUGAAUUUGAAAAACAUAACUGUUGCGCAGAAAUACGGUAACAAGAAGCUACCCAAUGCAUUGAUAGUAGGCGUAAAGAAAGGGGGAACCAGGGCGGUUCUGGAGUUCAUCCGGAUACAUCCAGAUGUUCGCGCACUCGGAACAGAGCCACACUUUUUUGACAGAAACUAUGACAGAGGACUGGACUGGUACAGGGGAUUAAUGCCACGUACACUCGACAGCCAGAUAACGUUAGAGAAGACUCCAAGCUACUUUGUGACCAGAGAGGCACCCCACCGCAUAUCGAGCAUGUCUCAUGAUACCAAGCUGAUCGUUGUGGUACGCAACCCCGUCACCAGAGCCAUUUCUGACUAUACUCAGACCCUUUCUAAGAAGCCAGAUAUCCCUACUUUUGAAGAGCUGGCCUUUAAAAACCGGAGCUUGGGUCUUGUGGACACAUCCUGGAAUGCCAUUAGGAUUGGGAUGUAUAUCCUCCAUCUGGAAAACUGGCUGCAGUAUUUUCGUCUGUCACAGAUGCAUUUUGUGAGCGGCGAGAGGCUGAUAACGGAUCCGGCAGGGGAAAUGGGCCGUGUCCAGGACUUUCUAGGGCUCAAGCGGAUAAUCACGGACAAGCACUUCUACUUCAAUCGAACCAAAGGUUUCCCCUGCUUAAAAAAGCCCGAGAGCAGCAGCCAGCCUCGAUGUCUGGGUAAAUCCAAGGGCAGGACUCAUGUCCAGAUUGAGCAGGAGGUCAUAGAGCAGCUUCAGGAGUUUUAUAGACCUUUUAACAUCAAAUUCUAUGAAACUGUUGGACAAGAUUUCAAGUGGGAUUGAAUGUACUAUUAAAAAAUGUUUAUAAAAUGACUACCUCUGGAAGAAAGUUAAAUAAGAAUACCUUUGAAGAAUAUUUAAUUAAGUGGUCUAGGGAGGUAUUAUCAAUAUUAAAUUAAUGGUAUUAAAAUAUAAUUCUAUAAACAUGGGUUUUUCCUGUUGGCCAUUCACUGAAGAGUGUAGUUUAUUAAUUUAAGAUAUGUACACCAAACUUGUUUUUUUUUUUUUUUUAUCAACAUGCGACUUGAGUAAUCUGCAACCUAUUUUAUUGCUUCAGCUUUCUUAGGGAAUAACCAUCUCAGAGCUUCUCUUCUAUUACUGUUGCCAGCUAUACAAUCAUGGCACAGCUUAAAUAUUUAUUAUCCAGAUUACUUAUUUAUUCACUAUUUCCCCUGAAAAUGAUCUGUUGUCUUUACUAUUAAAAUGAGCUCUCCACAUGAGUCGCCUCAAAAUGUCAGAUGAAUAAUAAAAUCAGCCUCUCUGAUCUGUUUUUUUCUGCACCAAAACUUUUUUUUUUCUGGAGAUAAACCAGGAAGUAGAACUGAUAGCUCUGAGAAACACAGAAUAACAAUGUUUACUGGAAGAUAUGCUUUGAUAUGUGUUUGCUUUUUGGUGGGCUUCAGCUUCUUCCGUGUUUGUAAAAUUAU